AUGAGCUCCAACACUAUCCUUAAGGAAGACGAGAGUCAGCAUUUCUCGCCGUAUAGAGCAGAUGGAAAGCUAUAUGGCUUCGUUUGUAUCGUGACGGGCGCGACACAAGCAAUUGGCAAGGCCAUUGUGCACGAAUUAGCCGGUAUGAUCCCACUUCGCCAUUACCGAGCUCGACAACGACUAAUGCUUCCUUGUNNAGCACAUGGCGCCGCUUGUAUCUACGCCUGCUCCGACCUUCCCUCCGACCCAUACCAAGAGCUCGCCGACGAAGUCAACGCACUCUGGCCUAACACAAAGGUCAUCGGCUACCCGUACGGUCUGAAAGAGGAGGAUACUCUGACACUGAUUGAUGAUGUCUUGAAUGCCUGGGGCCGUCUGGACGUCUACGUGACUUCCUCAGGUCUCCUUGGCCCACCCUCAAUUGCUCAGACCGCACCUGCAGAUUUGUACAAGACCUUCGAGACCAACAGCAUGGCUCCCUUCUUCGCAUUGAAGCGUCAGUCUGCAGGGUAUGGAUAUGAGAGGUCUGAGCAAUCAGUUGCCGCCUAG